UGUUAUAUUAAAAGACGUAGACUUGUUGGUCAACCCCUUUCAUUGCCUCCACAUUAUUAAAGCACAACACCAAAUUCAUCUCCUUCCUUCUCUUUUCAUUAUUAAUAUUCACCAACCUCUGUUUCUCUUACCUUCAUCAUCCAUGGAGUUCUUCAAUAGCGCCAAAGUCGUUCGCCUCCAGAGCCAUCUCGGCAAGUACCUCCAAGCCGCAGACGACCAAGAAUCCGUUCGCCAGACCCGCAACGCCACCACGCCUCACGUCCGAUGGACGGUCGACCUCGUCGACGGGAAACCCCACAUCAUCCGCCUCAAGAGCUGCUUCGGCAAGUACCUCACCGCCUCCGACGACCCAUUCAUUCUCGGCACCGCCGGAAAAAUGGUCGUCCAGACUGAUCUGACCUCCGCCACGCAGGACGGCGCCGUAGAGUGGGAACCGAGGAAAGAUGGGUUUUUCGUUAAGUUAAGGACAAGGGCCGGGAUGUUCCUCCGAGCAAACGGCGGAGCGCCGCCAUGGAGAAACUCCGUCACCCAUGAUAUCCCACGGCGGACGUCGACGCAGGAGUGGGUGCUUUGGAGUGUGGAUGUUGUUGAUAUCGCAACGGUUGAUGAUUCGGCACCCGGUCGUAUCUCGCCGGCGGUGAGUUUUUCUAGCGUUUCAUCGAUAUCGAGUAACGGUGAUUAUGAGUUGGAAACACGGUCGCCGUCAAUGUCGAUCUCGGGUUUCGGCUCCGGGUACUUCACGGGUAGAGAUCAGAGUGCAAUGGAGCUAUUCCAGAAGGCAAAAGUGGUUCGUUUAAGGAGCCACCACGACAAGUACCUUCUAGCUGAGGAAGAUGAAGAAAGUGUAUGCCAAGACCGCAACGGCUCAGUUAAAAACGCCAAAUGGACGGUGGAGUUCGUCGAACAUUCCGAUGGCCUCCGCUUCAAGAGCUGCUUCGGCAAAUACCUAACCGCCUCCAACGUCCCCUUUCUUUUGGGCAUGACCGGCAAAAAGGUCCUACAGACACUUCCACAAAGGCUUGAUUCGUCCGUCGAGUGGGAGCCCGUUCGUGAAGGCUUUCAAGUCAGGCUCAAAACACGAUACGGCCAAUUCCUAAGGGCCAAUGGCGGCUUUCCACCUUGGCGUAACUCCAUUACUCAUGAUAUUCCUCAUAGAACUUCCACUCAGGAUUGGGUUCUUUGGGACGUUGACAUCGUUGAGAUUCGAACUUUUACCUCCAUUAACUCCCGCUCUGAAGAACCUAUUCUUCCACCACCGCCCCCACCAUGGGAGGCCAAAAAAUCCCAUCACUUUUUUGGUCACCGUUCGAAGGCAGAGUCAUCGCCAUCCCAUGAUCAUCAUCAUUCUAGACACGAGUCAAGCGAGUCACAAGAUCAUGAGUCCCCCAUGAAAGCAGAGGGUAGGGUGAUACAUUACCAUGUUGCAAAUGAGAAAGGGGAUGUGAAGGAUGGACAAGAAGAAGUGAAGUUUACAUUCAAAGGGAGUCAAGUAGAAGAAUUGAAGGAGAAAUUGAGAGAGGAGACUGGCCUCCAUGACAUCCUCGUUUGCUCUCGCAACCCUCUCAAUGGAAAACUUUUCCCCCUUCGCCUUCAUCUUCCACCCAACAACGCCAACUUGCACGUUGUCGUCGUCCCUUCUUCCGAAGAUUCCGAGACGGCAGAGAGUCCCUAGAGCAAAUAAAUCAAAUGACAAUAUAUUUUCUAGAAAUGUUGAUUCAUUAAUGUGUUAAGCCAUGGAAUUAAAGAGAUGGAGAGAAGAGAAAGAGGGGAAGGAGGAGAGUAGUCAAUUUCAUCUCUUUUGUGGAAGCUAAGCUGCAAAAUUGUAUGACUGAUAUUACUACCAUAUAUGCUCUUGUUAAUUCCCCACUUAAUAUUUUUCAUUGAAAUUUUGGUGUCAACUGUAAUAUAAAAAUGCCCCUUUGUUUGUAUCCGUUUGUAAUUUCUUCUUUUUUCUACAAGUAUUCUAUAUAACCUAACUGCUAAUAUAACAAAAAUGGGAAUAGUCUGUUUACA